AUGUUCGCAACCUUGGGACGGACCAUGCUUGAGUGGGGCAAACCUACAGGCUCAAUAUGCCUGACGGAGCACGAAGAUAAUAUGGGUGCUCAACAACUCGAGUUCGUAUGGACGCUGUCACCUCCUGAACGUGUCGUCGAGCUCCAGCUAACACUCGAGAAGCUUGACAAAUGGACGAAUGUCGCCAUGUCUCUUAUCAAUUGCGGCGUAGACUACACCCCGACAUGCUCACCACAUUUGAUGUUUUCUACACCACUCCCUUCGCCGUAUCCAAUGUUGACUGGCUCAACAACUACUAUUCAAGCCACGACGGGCUGGAGCCGCGGCGAGGUAUGGUCUAGCUUUAGCCGCGGCGGGGCAUCAUAUAUAUUGGUGCCCGAGGAACACACUACGCUCAUGGAUUUUGAGUAUGUCCCGCAGUUCCAGAAGAUCUUCCGCAGUCGUCUGGAGGCUUUUGUUAUGUACGGUGAUCAUGACAGUGUUGGCUCCCUCGCUACAGAGGACCAAUUAAUUUCCCUGCGGGGGCAAAUUAAUGAAAUCAAGAAGCACAUUGACUUGCUCAUGAUCCAAAGCGCCAUCAUACGGGAGCGGAGGUGCCUCCUUCAGCAUCAACAAGAUAUCAAAUCGCUUGCGACAACGGAGCAAUUGGAUUUUACGUGCCUGGAGAAUAGCUCCGUCGAUCUCAUUGACAUAAAGAGUACUCAGGAUUCCGUUGUCCCGAGUCCAUCUUUGGUGUUGAAGGGCGCAGCCGACUUCUCCGCAUCUCCCGCCAAAUCGGAAUCAAUAGUGGUACGUGAUGACUUAUGUGUAGCUGCUUUCAUCUCAUACAACAUGGGUACCACCUGGAAGACCAUCCCUUCUGAUAACGCCGCCGUUGUUGUUCAACCAUCAACACAAUCUCAAGGCAGUGCAUCUAAGCUGCGCGCCAUACCACGCAGAUAUAAGCCAGGACGUCGUGAAUUCCAGGGAAGGUCUGCACGACACGAACCCCCUGCAUUGUUCCAGGGUUGGGCGGACGCCUCUAGCAGCAUGUUCUGA